AUGUCAUGGAAGACGAGUGAGAUGUUGAUGGAUACCAUCAAACAUUACUCACAUUUCCCCGCCACGGGAGUGAGUUUGAGGCAGAUGGUACAAUUCGGGGAGAGGCCAUCUACAGGUACCCUUUUCCGGGCAUCACAAUUUCUCUCUGAAGAACUUCCCAUACGACUUGCGCAUCGAGUACAAGAGCUAUCAGAUUUACCCGAUGGACUGAAUGAGAUGCCCUCGAUUCAAAAAGUGAAGGAAUGGUAUGCACAGUCAUUUGAGGAAAUAACCACACUUCCUCGGCCACAAUUAUCAUCAGAUGUCAAAGAGAGACUUAUGAAGCCUGCGAAAAUAAAUGGGAAAACAUCCAAGAUUUUGACAGAAGCCACACAAAACCCGAGUGUGAUGAGGGGACAGUAUAGCUCGAAUGGGAACGGAAAAGAAUCAAAGUCGGCAUCGGCAAGAAGAUAUUUUGCUACUGUAGAAGAUAGUACGGAUUGGCCUCCGGAACUUCACGAUUAUAAUCAAAGAUUCGCACAAACCCUUAACCAUAUAAAAAGGCGGCAUGAUGGAGUGGUUACCACCGUUGCGCAAGGAAUUCUCGAAUACAAGCGGAAGCGGCAACGUAUUAUAUGCACGAAAACCAAUGUUCGAGAUCUCGCCGAAGAAGCAAUUGAAAAUGCCAGAUUUGUUUGCGAAGAUCACUAUGGGCUUUUCGAUGCGCCCAAGAUUCAAUUAGUGUGUCCCCCAGACCUUCAUUUCAUGUAUGUACCGGGUCAUCUGUCACACAUGCUUUUCGAAACUCUCAAAAACUCCCUUCGAGCCGUCGUCGAAACACAUGGACAGGAUAAACAAGACUUUCCCAUCACGAAAGUCGUCGUGGCCGAAGGGAGAGAGGAUAUUACCAUCAAAAUCUCGGAUGAAGGUGGCGGAAUCCCUAGAAGUGCUAUACCUUUAGUUUGGACGUAUAUGUAUACUACCGUGGACCGUACACCCAGUCUAGAUCCAGAUUUUGAUAAGAGUGAUUUCAAAGCACCAAUGGCAGGAUUUGGUUAUGGUUUACCAAUUUCAAGAUUAUAUGCUAGAUAUUUUGGAGGAGAUUUGAAGCUGAUUAGUAUGGAGGGGGAUAAUACAUCGAAAACACAAUCCCGUCCCGACAUUGGUGGAACGCGGAUAGGGAGUGAAGACGGAUUAUCCCGAGGAUUGACGCUGGGUCUAGGACAUAAACAAAUGAAUUUAAAAUUAGGCAAUGGGAAAGGAAAAGCCGGAAUGGGAAUGGGAAUGAGGGAAGUCUCGGAGCGGAAACAGGUCGGUGAUGCGGAAAGUAUGAUUAAUGAAGGUAGAGGGGGUAGUGGAAUGGAAGGGGUUUUUAUGGGUGAAGGUGGUGAGGUUUAG